AUGAAAGAGGGACCUGACCUUGAAUUGGGUGGAACAGUCCAGAAUGAUCAGUCACAUCAAAUAUCAGGUCCAGAGUGUGUAGUAAAUGGAGAGAAGAAAGAUCGUAAUGAUUCCGGGACUGGGGUGGAAGUCCAACCUGAACGACCUCUCGAUGAUCUUACCACUCAACCACCUCCCUUACAAUCAGAAACAAGGUCCGGUCCUAACAAACAAAACGAGCUUGGUCCUACGCCCACCUCACUAUCUACGGUCGAAGCCCGAAGGGUAACAGCAUCCUACUCCACUUCCCCGGCCAAUCCUCGAAAUUGGACUGGCCAACGAAAAAUGUUAAUUACAAUCACACUCGCUUUGACGGGUUUUAUAUCGACAAUGGGAAGUUCGAUCGGGAUUCCAGGGAUGCACGCUGUAAGAGAUGAAUUUGGAGUGGGUUUUAGAGUAGGGGUAUUGAUUCCUGGUGCAUACGUGCUGGGAUUGGGUGCCGGCCCAUUCAUAUUCGCUCCGAUAUCUGAACUGUACGGUCGACAAAUCGCCUACACCUCUUCUCAGGUAACUUAUUGUAUAUUCUUCUUAGGUACCGGAUUUUCGAAUGAUAUGGCAACCUUGAUUGUACUCCGAUUCUUUUGUGGUGUAUUCGCGUCCGUACCGCCUUCCUUGGGUGUAGCUACAUGCGCAGAUAUGUACGAGCCUUCUCAAAGAGGUAAACCAAUCUCGAUAUAUGCUUUAGGGCCUUUGUCUGGACCGAUCUUGGGUAACAUGCUGGGGUAUUGGUUAUUGUAUUUCGGUUGGAGAUGGGCAUAUUACUUUAUGACUAUCUUAUCGACACUUAACACGAUCUUGUUGAUUCUAGUGAUGAGAGAGACCUAUGCUCCUGUCAUCCAAAAGAUCUUAGUGUAUGAAUCUGUUCACAAUCCUCCAUCAGCAUCGCACACUGAAAAUCACUUCAACCCGAUAAACUGGUUACCUGACUUAUCAUGGAUGCCAGCGAUGGUAUCUAAAUCAGAAAUGUUAUCAGUCUAUGGUAAAGCGUUCUCUAGACCACCUAGAUUGUUAUUCACCAAUCCUGUCGCAUUUGCUUUCUCCAUGUAUUAUGCUUAUUUGUAUGGUCUGAUAUACCUCUUCUUAACUACCAUACCAUUAUUAUUCGGUAGCCCACCUUUCUCACAGAAUGAUCUGUUCUCAUAUGGCUGGCCACAAGGUACCCUGCCUCUCUCAUAUCUCGGAUUAGGACUCGGAUUCUGCUCGGCCGCAAUCGUAGCUGCAAAUUGUCAAGAUAGGAUAUACAAAUAUCUGUCUAAACGGAAUGGGGACAAAGGUCAACCUGAAUACAGGCUUGUGCUCACCCAGACUGGAAUGAUAAUUAUGCCUAUUGGAUUGUUCAUUUACGGAUGGACAGCAAACUCCCAUACGCAUUGGAUAGCACCGAUCAUAGGACAGUACCUCAUUGGAAUAGGUUUGGUCUUACCUUUCAAUACUAUACAGAAUUUUUUGGUGGAUGCCUUUCAUCCAUACUCUGCAGCAGCCAUCGCAGGAGCCACAGCUGCCCGAUCGAUUGUAGCUUGUAUCUUACCACUAUUCGCCACGGAGAUGUUUGUGAAAUUGAAUUGGGGUUGGGGAAAUACUCUAUUAGCUUGUGUCGCGAUUCUAGGUGUACCAUGUCCUCUUGUCAUGUUCUUGUGGGGAAAGAAGUUGAGAGAAAGAUAUGCUUUUCAAGGGUAA